ACAUUACAGACAAACAGUUUCCAUUGUGUGCUUAUGCCGCAAUAUGCAAAUAUGAAAGUGUCUACAUUCGCUAUUGUCUUACUCUGCGCUACGAGUACGCGUUCUUUUGAAUACACCCCCACUAAGGCCCAAGAAAAAUGUCCCUACAAGGAUACAGUUGAUUUAAGCGAUUACAAAGCCUUAGAAAAUGGCUCCUAUAUAUAUCAAAAUGUUGUGGUCGAUGAUAUGGCACAAUACAAUUAUCGCUUGGCAGCCUACAAUGAGACCAAAGAAGCUGAACCACAUUUGCGUGGGUGCGUAUGCGGCCAUCCCAAGAAGUGCAUAAAACUCUGCUGUGAAUGGGGAGCGUUUUUCAAUGAAACCUCUUUUUUUUGCGAGAGAAUCUCAAAGGAUCUUAAUAUUCCCAUCGAAAUGGAAAUUGUUUUUGGAGAUUCAGUAAAAAAAAUUCUUGACAUCUUCGAAAAAUUCAUUUAUCAAGUGGGCAAACCUUGUCUAUACCCCGAAUCCUUGACAAUGGAAGAGGACAAAUGGAAUUUAUUGGAGAAUGGCCUAUUGCACAUUCACAAUGAUGAUUCCUAUCACGACACUGUAAGUUAUUGCCUGACGCCUUAUCAAUACAAUGGCACCGUAAAGAAUGUCCUGGUGCCCAUGAGUUGUGCUAAGAGAAAUGAAAUAACAACCUCGCUAGCUUUUCAUAGUUAUGCCGCAUUGGUUACCGUGCUGUUUCUCAUACCCACAGUUUUCGUGUAUUUAUGGCUUAAGGAAUUGAGAGAGAAUAUGCGAGGAAAACUUUUGAUCUGCUACCUGUUCUCAUUGAUCAUUAGCUACUCCAUACUAAGUUACAUAAACAUAUCGGAACAAGUAUUUGAUGAGAAGAUGUGUUCUUUUUUGGGUUUCACUUGCUACUUCUUUUUCAUUGCUGCAUUUUUGUGGCUUAGCGUUCUCUGUUUUGAUAUUUGGAUUAAUUUCAAAACGCAUCGAGUGGCCAGCAGCAACGCUAAGAAUGCCUUACGUUUUAUAUGUUAUUCAUGUUAUGCAUGGGGUAUGGCCUCCUUUUUAACCUUUUUGGCCAUGCUGUGUCAAUGGUCGGAUAAAAUCUCUGAAGACUAUAAACCUGGCAUCGGGGAAGACGUCUGCUGGUUAGAUACCAACAAAUGGUCAGCUGCCAUUUAUUUCUACUGGCCUAAUUUAAUCAUUUUGUUGUUUAGCAUUGCAACGUUCACUCAUAUGACUUGGAGGAUUUAUCGAGUUCGCAGUGAUGUGGCGCGGCUUACACAAAAGGAUAACUUUUUCCAGGAAAAUGUACUUGUGAUAUUACGCAUCUUUCUCAUUCUGGGCAUUUCAUGGAUUUUGGAUAUUUUAUCAUAUUUUCUGCGUAAUUUCCAAGCUUGGGAUUUUCUGUCGCUGCUGUCUGAUUUUCGUAGCGCUCUACAAGGUGUUUUAAUUUUUAUUUUAUUUGUUUUAAAACGCAACGUUUUGGACUCGCUUAAGAAGAGUUUUUCGACUACCAGACAAUCAGUCUCAAGGCGAUCCAUGUUUGCUAGAUUUUCAAAAUCAUCAGCCACCAGUGGACCACAAACUGAAUACGAAGUGGUUGAAUUAAGUCCACUAAGUUAAGCAUAAAUAAACACAAAAAAAAUUUAAUGGAUUAUAUUUCAUGAUUUAAAUAACUC